AUGGGUCUAUUCAGCAGAAGAGUACAUGGUGGAAUGUUCACCUUCAACAAGGAUGAUGGAUACUUGGAGGCUUUGCUCAGAGGUUUCAGAAAGGGUAUCCUCACCGCUGCAGACUACUCCAACUUGCGUCAAUGUGACAACCUCGAAGAUAUGAAGCUACAUCUCAGCCAAACAGAUUAUGGCGAUUUCCUCGCUGGAGAGCCAUCACCUCUUCACACGACCACAAUCGCCGAGAAGGCUACACAGAAGUUGGUCGACGAGUUCAUGCACAUCCGUAACCAGGCCGUCGAGCCAUUGUCGACCUUUUUGGACUACAUCUGCUACGGCUACAUGAUUGACAACGUCGUCCUGUUGAUCACUGGCACGUUGCACGAGCGCGACGUCACCGAGCUGGUGGAGAAGUGCCACCCUCUCGGCCUGUUCAAGUCGAUGGCCACACUGUCCGUCGUGCACAGCGUUGCCGACCUGUACAACUCGGUGCUCAUUGAUACUCCACUGGCGCCAUACAUUCAGAACUGUCUCAGCGAGGAGGACCUCGAUGAGAUGAACAUUGAGAUCAUCAGAAACACCUUGUACAAGGCAUACUUGGAGGACUUUUAUGACUACGUCAACGAGCUCGGUGGUCAGACCUCUCUCAUCAUGAACGACAUCCUCAAGUUUGAGGCUGACAGAAGAUCGAUCAACAUCACUAUUAACUCUUUUGGAGCGACAGAGCUGACCAAGGACGACCGUGAGAAGUUGUACCCAGGCAUUGGCCUGCUCUACCCAGAGGGCACUGCCAAGCUGAGCAAGGCUGAGGACUCGGACAGUGUUCGUCAGAUUUUGGAGGUCUACAGCUCAUACAGAUCAUUCUUUGCCGAUGGCGUCAACGCCGAGUCGUCGCUGGAGGACUCGUUCUUCAAGCACGAGGUUCAGCUGAACCGCAUGGCCUUUGAGGACCAGUACGGAUACGGUGUCUUUUACGCCUACGUUAGAUUGAGAGAGCAGGAGAUCAGAAAUAUCGUUUGGAUUGCAGAGUGCAUCAGUCAGGACAUGAAGCAGAAGAUUGAUCAGUUCAUUCCAAUCUUCUAA